GUCCUAUAUAUGCCAACCUACCAACUGAACUACAAGCUAAAAUAUUUGAACCCACCCCUGAAGGAGCCCGAAAGGUUGUCCUUGCUACUAAUAUUGCAGAAACCUCAUUGACAAUUGAUGGGAUCAAGUAUGUCAUUGAUCCUGGAUUUUGUAAAAUGAAAAGUUAUAAUCCAAGAACAGGAAUGGAGGCUUUGCAAGUAACUCCCAUCUCAAAAGCUUCAGCGAUGCAAAGAGCUGGUCGUGCUGGAAGAACUAGUCCAGGAAUGUGCUUUAGAUUGUAUUCUGCAUACACUUUUCAAAAUGAAAUGAAUGAUAACACUGUGCCAGAAAUACAGCGGACUAAUCUUGCUGGUGCAGUUUUGUCUUUAAAAAGUCUUGGUAUUGGUGACUUAUUUAACUUUGAUUUCAUGGAUCCUCCACCUAAAGAGGCCUUAUAUAAAGCACUGGAACUUCUAUAUGCAUUAAGUGCUUUAAAUAAGCAUGGUGAGUUAACUAAAGUGGGUAGACGGAUGGCAGAGUUCCCACUUGAUCCUAUGUUGUCAAAAAUGGUAGUGGCUUCAGAAAAGUACAAAUGUUCAGAUGAUAUCAUUUCUAUUGCUGCUAUGCUUUCUGUUGAAAACUCAAUAUUUUACCGUCCAAAGGAUAAACAAGUGCAUGCAGACAAUGCAAGGAUGAAUUUUCACACUGGAAAUGUGGGAGACCAUAUUGCAUUGCUAAAGGUCUACGAUUCAUGGAAGGAGACCAAUUUUUCAACACAAUGGUGUUAUGAAAAUUAUAUACAGGUUAGGAGUAUGAAACGGGCUAGGGAUAUCCGUGAUCAACUUGCAGGUCUUUUAGAGAGGGUUGAGAUUGAAUUAACUUCAAAUGCUAAUGAUUUAGAUGCCAUCAAGAAAACCAUUACAUCCGGGUUUUUCCCACACACUGCACGACUGCAAAAGUAUGGGUCAUAUCAGUCUGUUAAACUUUCACAGACUGUUCAUAUACAUCCUAAUUCGGGGCUGGUGGAGGUUCUUCCUAGAUGGGUUGUAUACCAUGAACUAGUACUCACAACCAAGGAAUAUAUGAGACAGGUGAUAGAAUUAAAGCCAGAGUGGUUGGUGGAAAUUGCCCCCCACUAUUACCAGCUUAAGGAUGUUGAAGACUCAUCUUCGAAGAAAUUGCCACGUGGACCAGGACGUGCUCAAGAGGAUAGAUAGCUGACACAUCUUUAUAUAUGCUUUGGCUGGUAAAAAAAUAAUGUACUGUAAAUAAUUUAUAACUGUAUAUUUAGAGUAUAGCAUCCUAUAUCCUUACCUGUUGAAGUAACUUUCGCAGUUGCAGUUGCAUGUGCAUCCUUUGGUUGAGUGUUGAUUUCACUUACCAACAAAUUUUGUCAUGUAGAUAUCAGUCUCAUUCUUUUGUAAUAAGUGACAUCUAAUUCAAUUUUAUUAGCACUGCUAGUUUAGUAUUGUAAAAAAUUUUUAGUGCAGUGCUUUAAUGUAGAAAAUAUUCAGAGCAACUUGUAUUUACUGCUCAUGGUUGUACAGAUUCAUUGAAUCUGGCAUAUGCCAUUCAAUAAU